AUGGGUGACCUUCCGGUCAAGACAUCUCCCGAGGAGGCGCCAUUUCCCUUGACGGAUGUGGACAAGUGGGUGUUGUCUCUGACAGACGAGGACUUUCACUGUCAUGAUUGGGAAGACAUGAAAAAUAUCGUCGCUGAGAACAACCUCUCUGUUCUGAAGCGGAAGCCCUCUGAUUUGCAACGAUACAUGACAUGGACGGCCGAGACCAAGGCCGACUAUGGCUCCAUGACCAACUAUCUCCUAACGCAUCGUUUGCCAAAGACCUGGGGCACACCUCCCUUCACGCCAGCCUCCACCAUUCCAUUUGACGACCCUUCUGAUUUCCGCGUACUGAUCAACGACUGGCCAUACGGCUUGACGUCUGACAUAACCCAUAUCGUCGUGUGGUCCCGAACGAUCAUCGAAACCGACCCGCAAACUGGCGAUAUGACACCGCGUAGCCGUCAAAUUGUCGCCAAUUUCGUGAAGAAGUUCUUCGCUGACAAGCUCGGGCCGCGUGGAGGUGAGAAGGUCCUUUGGUUCAAGAAUUGGGUUGCGUUACAAAGUGUGCGAAGCCUGGAGCACAUCCACCUCAUGGUGAAGGAGGCCGGGGAAAGUGUUAUCAAUGAGUGGACCAAGGAACUGGACUGCCACAGGAUGCAGAAUUGA